AUGAAUGAGACCAUUAUUCUCCAAUUCUUUAUCGAGGAACUAGAUGCUAACUGCAGCCUUUUGGACGCUCUGCAGGAUGGUUUUGACGGUCCCUACUGCAACGCCACCACGGACCAGAUUGGGACCUGCUGGCCCAGGACCGGCGCAGGGGAGCUGGUGGAGAGACCCUGCCCGGAGUUCUUCAACGGGAUCAAGUACAACACCACCAGAAAUGCAUAUCGGGAGUGCCUCGGUAAUGGAACGUGGGCCAUAAGGGUGAACUACUCCCAGUGUGAGCCGAUUCUGGAUGAUGAGACGAAGCCCGCUCUCCAUUACAAGGUUGCUAUGAUCAUCAACUACCUGGGGCACUGCAUAUCUAUCGGCGCUCUCGUCGUGGCCUUCUUGCUUUUCCUGUGCUUGAGGAGCAUCCGAUGCCUUCGGAAUAUCAUCCAUUGGAACCUGAUCACGACUUUCAUCCUGAGGAACGUGAUGUGGUUCAUGCUUCAGAUGAUUGACCACAACAUCCAUGAAAGCAAUGAGCCGUGGUGCCGCUGCAUCACGACCAUCUUCAACUACUUUGUGGUGACCAACUUCUUCUGGAUGUUUGUGGAAGGCUGCUACCUGCACACGGCCAUCGUGAUGACGUACUCGACGGACAAGCUCCGGAAAUGGGUCUUUCUCUUCAUCGGAUGGUGUAUACCCUUUCCAAUCAUUGUCACUUGGGCUGUCUGCAAGCUCCAUUAUGAAAAUGAACAAUGCUGGUUUGGAAAGGAACCAGGGAAGUACAUAGACUACAUCUAUCAAGGACCAGUGAUUCUUGUUCUGCUGAUAAAUUUUGUAUUCCUGUUUAACAUAGUUAGGAUUUUAAUGACAAAACUGAGAGCAUCGACCACUUCAGAAACAAUACAGUACAGGAAAGCAGUCAAGGCGACGUUAGUUCUCCUGCCUCUGCUGGGGAUCACCUACAUGCUCUUCUUCGUCAACCCGAGCGAAGACGACAUUUCCCAGAUCUUCUUCAUCUACUUCAAUUCCUUCUUGCAGUCUUUUCAGGGUUUCUUUGUGUCUGUGUUCUACUGCUUCUUAAAUGGCGAGGUACGUUCUGCCGCCAGGAAAAGAUGGCACCGCUGGCAAGACCAUCACUCCCUGCGGGUUCGUGUCGCCCGAGCCAUGUCCAUCCCCACCUCCCCAACCCGGAUCAGCUUUCAGAGUAUAAAACAGACGGCAUCCGUGUGA